GCGAGCGGAGCCAGAGUCGAGACCAGAGGCCUAACUCGGGAUCUGACAAGAUGGCCGGGCUGCCCCGCAGGAUUAUCAAGGAAACCCAGCGUUUGCUGGCAGAACCAGUUCCUGGCAUUAAAGCAGAACCAGAUGAGAGCAACGCCUGUUAUUUUCAUGUGGUCAUUGCUGGCCCUCAGGAUUCCCCCUUUGAGGGAGGGACUUUUAAGCUUGAACUAUUCCUACCAGAAGAAUACCCGAUGGCAGCCCCUAAAGUACGUUUCAUGACCAAAAUUUAUCAUCCUAAUGUAGACAAGUUGGGAAGAAUAUGUUUAGAUAUUUUGAAAGAUAAGUGGUCCCCAGCACUGCAGAUCCGCACAGUUCUGCUAUCGAUCCAGGCUUUGUUAAGUGCUCCCAAUCCGGAUGAUCCGUUAGCAAACAAUGUAGCAGAGCAGUGGAAGACCAACGAGGCCCAAGCCAUAGAAACAGCUAGAGCAUGGACUAAGCUAUAUGCCAUGAAUAAUAUUUAAAAUUGAUCUGAUCAUCAAGUGUGCAUCACUUAUCCUGUUCUGCCAAGACUUCUUCCUUUUUUGUUUGCAUUUAAUGGACACAGUCUUAGAAACAUUACAGAAUAAAAGCCCAGACAUCUUCAGUCCUUUGGUGAUUAAAUGCACAUUAGCAAAUCUAUGUCUUGUCCUGAUUCACUGUUGUAAUGCAUGAGCAGAGGCUAGAAGUACCAUCUGGAUUAUUGUGAAACGUUUAAAAGCAGCGGCCCUUCUCUGCUUUUAUUCAUUUCCCCCAUCAUGGUUAAGCACUGUGAAUGAAGGCAGUUGUCAGGGUUAGCUGCAGGGGUUUGGGUGUUUUUCUUUAUUACUUUUUUGAGGGGGAGAGGUAGUUUUAUUUUAAUUUUAUGGGCUCCUUUCCCCCUUUUUAUGGUGAUCUAAUUGCAUCGGUUAAAAGCAGCUAACC